AUGUCGCUGAAAAAGGAUUUAGUGCUGUUAUUGAAGCCCUACUACUGGGUCAACAUCCUGCUGAGCUUGUCGUACAUUGUGGCCAAGCGGGCACCCUACGUGUGCACAAUUCUCUUCGAUCAGGCGGAUCAGUGUGAGCUCGAUGGCCGGGAGACGGAAAUCCUCUUUUUCCUCCUCAUUGUCGUGAUGAUUCGCACCAGGAAGGCGGGGAGUGUCACCAUGAUCAACUACCUGACAUCCUCCUUCAUGUACACCAAGUUUGCCAAUUUGAUUCUCUGGUUCUACAGCGACUUCCGCUACGGAAUCAGCUUUGGGGCGCUCUUCAUCCUCCUGGCGUUGAUUCUACCCGAGCCGACGUAUUCUGGCCCCGAAAAUGUGGUCUACUUUCGCGGAUUGAAUACCCUGGAGGAGGAAUUGGAGCGAGAUAAGCGAGUUUCCUGGCUCGUGGAAUUCUACACCGUUUGGAAUCCGGCCUGUGUCAAUUUUGCCCCCGUUUUCGCGCAACUCUCCUCCGAGUAUCAUCUGGACAAUUUGAAGUUUGGCAAAAUUGACUUGGGACGCUUCCCGGAAGCCGGGAAGAAGUUCCACGUCUCGGACAGCUCACUAAGUCGACAACUUCCAACGCUCAUACUCUUCCGGAAUGGAAAGGAAGUCUCCAGGCGCCCCAUGGGUGAUGCUCAUGGAAAACUGCAGAAGUUCUUCUUCUCCGAGGACAACAUCAAAGCUGCCUUUGAUCUCAACAACCUCUACCGGGAGUGCCGAGACAAUCCCAUCAAGAAGGGCGCCCUGACAGCUGAGGAUAAGAAGAAAAACUAAUCCAGCACUGCCCUCAUUCUACGUAGAAAAAUUCGCGCAAUUCGCAAUUUAUUUAUUUAGCAAUUAAGCCUCGAGUUUCAUUUGUUUUGUCUGUAAAAAAAAAUCAUUUCGAAAAAAUGUUUUAAAAAGAA